AUGGCUUCUUCCAUCUCGCCGGCCAUGCCGCCGCCGCCGGGUCGGACAUCCAACUUCGUUAACCCACCCUAUACGGGUACUAAAUUUGUGGUUGUCAAUUCUAUCUUUCUACCGCUGGCUAUUAUUGGUUUGGCUGUGAGAACAUGGACUCGGGUGUUUAUUGUCCGGAGCUUUCGCUAUGAUGACUAUCUAAUGAUUAUGGCCCUGAUUUUAUCAUGUGUUCUCUCCGGCGUCACGUUAGAGAUGCUCAAUUGGGGUCUCGGGAAACAUAUGUGGGAUGUCCCAGAAGCAUACCUAUCGCCAAUGUUUGAAAAGGUUAGCAAUCCCAGCCUGUCAGUUGAACUUAACAUCCGCUAUAUUCUACUGCGCCGCGACGGGCUUCACAAAGUGUUCCAUCCUUGUAUUCUACCUUCGCAUCUCCCCAGCCGGAACUUCCAUAUCGCCGUCUGGGUCCUUGUCUUUAUUGCCGUGGGAUACAGUUUGGCCAGUGUGCUCGCCAAUAUAUUCGGCUGCACCCCGGUUGCCAAAUCUUGGGAUGAUACAAUUACAACGGGGCAUUGCAUGAACCGACCAGCCUUCUAUUUUGCCAAUGCUGGGCUGGGUAUUUUUACUGACUUUGCGACCGUCGUGGUUCCGAUACCAUGGCUGCGCCGGCUACAAAUGCCGUUGGGUCAGAAGAUUGCUGUGGCUGUCAUUUUAGCAAUGGGUUGUUUUGUUGGGGUUGUGAGCUGUAUUCGGCUAUCAUCUCUGUAUAUUCUUCAGACAAGCCCUGAUUUAACAUGGACGACUACUGACGCCCUGAUGUGGUGCACCAUCGAGUUGAACCUCGGAAUCUUCGGGGGCUGCGUGACUGCCAUUAGACCCUUUGUCCGACGAUACUUCCCUCGAUUAUUAGGUCUCUCAACAUCCGGCGAUACCUCGAAAUCUCGCAAAUACGGCCACCAACUCGGCUCUUUCCCUCACAGCAGUCAACCGGACUUCACAGGGCGCAAUAAUCAAUACUCCGCAACACUUACUUCACACAGCAAAGCGCCGGAUAAUGACAGCGAGGAACACAUCCUACCAACCGAAGAGAAUGGGAAAGGAGUGGAAGGCAUCAUCCGAACGGUCGAGUUCGAUGUAGAGAAUUCUAGUAGCUCGCAUGCCAAGUGA